AUGCCUGAACCAAGCGACUCAACGACGGCGGCUGUGCCGCAAUACAUACGAGACCACGCACCAAUCAUCCGCCUCUUCUCAUCCGACACGUACCGCCCCGCCUCCCCAGCCGCAACCCUCGCCAACACACGCCCCCAAAUCGCUCGCAGGGACAUCGCCUUCCCCACCGCGCCGCUCACACUAGCCAAUCUCGACCAGCUAAACAAUGUCGGGGCCAGGGGCGGCGAGGAUGUCUACCUCACCAGCACCGCGGACGUGACCACGCAGCCUACCUGGCUUCGCGGCAUCCAGCCCUCCGCCAGCGGCGACGAGAAGACGUGUGCGGUCAUCGUCGUGGACAAAGGAAAUGGCGUCGUCGAUGCAUUUUACAUGUAUUUCUGGGCGUUCAACUGGGGCGGGGUGGUCCUGGGGAACCAACUCGGCGACCACGUAGGCGACUGGGAGCACAACCUCGUGCGGUUUGAGCACGGCGUGCCAACUGCUAUGUGGUUCAGCCAGCAUGCGAACGGCGAGGCGUUUGCGUGGGGCACGGUGCUGAAAGACGGCGCCACAGGGACACGGCCGGUGGUGUACGCGGCGAACGGGAGCCAUGCGCUGUAUGCGACGCCGGGCACACACGACCACACCCUCCCCAACCUCAACCUCCCCACCCCGCUCCUCCUCGUCGACGAAACAGACCCCGGGCCCCUCUACGACCCCCUCCUCUCCGCAUACUACUACGCCUACACCCCGUCCUCGCGCUCCUUCACCCCGCUCGCCCCAACGCCAGACGCCCCGACCGGCUGGCUGUACUACAAGGGCCGCUGGGGGGAUGAGGAGUAUCCAAAGGACGACAAAAGGCAGCACGACCUGCUGGGAAACAAGAAGUUCGUUGGGGGCCCUACUGGCCCGGCGGACAAGCAGCUCGACCGGAAGGAGAUGUGGCCUGAGAACCAAUUUAGCAAGGGGCAGAAGGUGCGGAAGAGUUUGGGCGUGGGCUGGAGCUGCAAGGAGUGGGUUGGGAAGGUGAAGCUGCAGUGCUUUGGGCGGAAGAAGAAAGGUGGGAGGGGUGUGAGGAGGGUGAAGGUCAGCGGGGAGGUCGUCGGGUAG